CACACAGUGCCCCCCAGUGUUGGCUGCACUGUGCCCGGAGCCUCUGACUGACCCAGGAGCGAGCGUCUUCUCCACAGGACAACAGGAAGUUAAUCAGCUCCACAUAAGGCCUGUGAACAGGGGAACAUGUUGGACUAAAGCAUUAGCCUAAAGCACUCCAUAUCUAGUGGCCAAUGUCACCGUGUGACCUGUUGAGAGUCUGGGAAACUGGGUCCAGGCCAAGAGGAAGAACAAGAAGAGGAAGAUGCCAGAACAAAUCCACUUUUAAUGUUCUAUGAGCGGGGGAUCGGACUCGAAUAAAGAGUUCAUGGAGCAGUUGCGGAUGCAGGAGAUGUACGGUCAGAGAAACUCGGAUGGCUCGGACCCGUACACUUACACUGACCCCGAGGAUGGCACUGUUUACGACUGGGAUCACGAGAAGAAGGCCUGGUUCCCGAAAAUUACUGAGGACUUUCUUGCAGCCUACCAGGCUAACUAUGGCUUCAAUGAAGAAGGAAAUCCAGAUGCACACAGUGCAACAUCAGCCAGUGGUGAACCAGCCACUUCAGAGCAAUCCACUAAGCCUCCAGUAACUGAGAAACCACCUGAGGUCACCCAAAUCCCAACCACGGAGGUGCAGGAAGCAAAGCCAGACAAGAUGCAGGAUGUGAAGCAGAAAGGGGAGAAGAGGAAAGCAGAGCAGGGAUGGUUUGACAUUGAUGAGGACAAAAAUACAAAUGUCUACGUCUCAGGUCUGCCCCCUGACAUUGGGGCAGAUGAGUUUGCUGAACUGAUGUCCAAAUGUGGCAUUGUUAUGAAAGACCCAAUCACUGAGGAGUACAAGGUUAAACUCUAUAAGGACAAAGAGGGAAAUCUAAAAGGAGAUGGCCUCUGCUGCUAUUUAAAGAAAGAGUCUGUGGAGCUUGCUGUGCGUCUCAUUGAUGAGUCUGAAGUACGUGGUUACAAACUACAUGUGGAGGCAGCACGAUUUGAACUAAAGGGAGCUUAUGAUGCCAGUAAGAAGAAAAAGAAGAACAAGGACUACAAGAAAAAACUCAAAAUGCAACAAAAGCAGUUGGAUUGGAGGCCAGAGAAGCAAGGAGAAGCAAGGAAGAGGCACGAAAAAGUUGUGAUCAUCAGGAACAUGUUUCAUCCCAGCGACUUUGAGGAGGACCCUCUUGUAUUGAAUGAGUACAGAGAAGAUCUUCGAACUGAAUGUGAAAAGUUUGGUGAGGUCAAGAAAGUCAUAAUCUUUGAUAGACAUCCUGAUGGUGUGGCCUCUGUGGCGUUUAAAGAACCAGAAGUGGCUGAUGCUUGUAUCCAGUCAUUUAACGGCCGCUGGUUUGGGGGACGGCAACUCACUGCUCUGCCUUGGGACGGGACCACUGACUUCCAGGUUGAAGAAACGGCACGAGAACGUGAGGAGCGUCUCAAAGGCUGGUCCUCUUUUCUCCAAAGUGGAGAAAAAGCCCAAGUGGAUGAGAGUGCAAGUACAGCUAAACCACCACAAGAGGGCCCCACCACAAAUACCACAAAUAACACUCCUAAGAGCACUGAGCCAGAAUCAAACCCAGCAGAGGAACCACAGUCAACACAAAAUGAUGAAGACAUGGAUUCCACAGAUAGCAGCCUGGCAGGAAGUGAUGAAGAGGCUUAAGUUCCACUGAAACACAUUCAAACUGUGUGGACAGUAUUAAAAGGAAGAUGUAUAAUACUGGAGAAACUGGACAUUUACUGAACAUAUAUGUUUUUGUGAUUUGUAAACCAAGAAAAAAAUGGUCAGAAUCUCGCCAUUUCUUCAUAUUUCAUAGUUAAUUUUCUGUGUGUCUUCACUAUUGUGUUCUAAUUGUUUGCGAAUGUGGUGUACAGCCCAACUGUAUUUUGUUUGAUACAUUUUUUUUGUAUGGCGCUUACAUGAAGAUUAUGCCAAUACCGAAAAGAUUAAAUAAAUUAUUCACUUUUUCACCUUCCAAUAAAA